AUGCGCGGAUCCGGCUCGCCGUCGGGGCUCGUGACGCCUGAUAUCUUUGCGUCGCGGCCGCUGGAGAACAGUUUCAAUUUCUCGUUUGGGCGCGUCGCGUUCGAUGAUGGGCAGCAGGUUGAUUCGAAGUUGUCGGGGUUGGUGGCGUCGAAGAAGCGGAAGGGGCCGAGUGAUCCGAGGACGGCGCUGGAGGCUGCGAAGAAGAAGCGUGCGAGGAUUAAUGGGCUGGAUGAGGAGAAGAAGGCGGAGAUUGUGGAGAAGGAUGCGUGGUUGAAUGCCAAGAAGAAGGCGCAUGGUGAGAAGGUGAGAGAUGAUGAGUCGUUGCUGCUGAAGACGCUCAAGCGGAAGAAGAAGACGAAGCUAAAGAGUGAGAAGGAAUGGAAUGAGCGACUGGAAGGCGUGCAGCAUGGCAAGGAAAUGAGGCAGAAGAAGCGCGAGGCUAAUCUGCAGAAGCGGAGAGACGGCAAGAAAGACAAGAAGAACAAGGUGAAGAGUUCCAAAGUGAAGAAGCCAGCGAAGAAGGUCAAGAGGCCAGGCUUUGAGGGGAGCUUCAGGUCGAAGGCGAAAUGAUCGAGGGUGUAGUUGAAGGUUUGAUUUGGAAGGUCUGCGAUUUGAGCGUAUUGCUCAGGAUAUGGUCGCCGUUUGGAGUGAGUUCAUCGCUUCUGAGCUUUCAAGUCGAGGCAUUACCGAUGCCGUAUUCUCCCUAUUUUGUUUUCUGGGUUAUGUAUCUUAGCGAC